UUUUGAGGAAGUAACCUGAGUUCGUAACACAAGGGAAAACAGGAGCGAAACGGCAGGUUUGUUUGCUUCGGGGGGGUUGAGGAUCACCGUCUCAGAAUGUCUGGAUUUGACAGCAACCCCUUUGCGGAGCCCCUAGACCUCAAUCCUUUCCAGGAUCCUUCGGUGGCACAGGCGACCGGCAGUGGAAAGGACCGCAUCUCGGAAUACAACCCAUUUUCUGAGAGCUCUCAGGACAUGCAGAACAAGACCACUAUCCCCGCGUCACCCUCCCAGCCGGCCGUACUGCAGCCAUCGGUGGAGCCCAGCCCCAGGCUGUGGGCUGCCGCCGUUCAGGCAGACCUCCUCAGACAGCAGGAGGAGCUGGAGAGGAAGGCGGCUGAACUGGACCGCAAGGAGCAGGAGCUUUCGCAGUCGGGGAGCCCCCACAGGUGAUCCCUCUCCACAGGCAAAGAAAAUAACUGGCCCCCCCUUCCACGGCGUUUUCCCAUAAAGCCUUGCUUCUACCAGGACUUUGCCGAAGAAAUUCCUCUUGAAUACCAAAGAAUCUGCAAGAUGAUGUACUACCUUUGGAUGUUUCACUGCGUGACCCUGUUCCUGAAUGUGCUGGCCUGCCUGUCCUACUUCACCGUGGACCCCUCUUAUGGGGUGGAUUUUGGCCUGUCCAUCCUCUGGUUCAUCCUCUUCAGCCCUUGUUCCUUCCUCUGCUGGUACAGACCUGUGUACAAAGCCUUCAAGUCAGACAGCUCCUUCAGUUUCUUCUUCUUCUUCUUCGUCUUCUUCUUCCAAGUGGUGGUCUUCAUCAUCCAGAGUGUCGGCAUCCCGAAAUGGGGGAACAGUGGUUGGAUCUCCUCCAUAUCCAUGAUCAAGACCAACGUGGCCGUGGCGGUGGUCAUGAUGGUGGUGGCUGGCUUUUUCACGGUCUGCGCCGUGCUCUCGGUCAUUUUGCUGCAAAUGGUCCACUCCAAAUACCGGCGGACGGGGGCCAGUUUCCAGAAGGCCCAGCAGGAGUUUUCGCAGGGUGUCCUCAGCAACAGAACCUUCCAGAACGCGGCUGCCACAGCUGCUACCUCUGCUGCACAGAGCACCUUCCAGAGCAACUAGAAGGUCCUCUGCGAGAAGGUCCUCUGCCCACCUGUUGCCUCUGGAAACUUCUGCCACAUCGUCGAAGAAAACCUGUGGGAGGCCCGUCUGGAUGCCUUGGGCUUGGGGGGGUGGGGGGGGGUCCUAUUGCUUUGUAUUGUUCUCUCAAACACUGUAGUCUAACUUGAAUGUGCAGCCGCAGAUCAGGAGCAGACUAGUUGCUGUGUCUCUCUAAUGGCGCAGUGACGAGGUGUAUUGAUUACUUCCUGUAAGUCUUCCUUAGUCUGUUUAUAUAUGUCUCCUUUUAUAAUAAUGGAUGUAUGAAGUGGGUUGACUGUGCGCGAUCUGAAUCAUUCCCAUUUUAUUUACUGUAUAGUAAUAUUUCCCCCCCCCCCCAUUCCCCCUUCUGGUGUUUGUGAAGGUAAAGCUCGGUUUGAAUGAGACGCACAUGGGUGUCACGCGAAAGGGCGGGUUGUUUCGCUGUGAGUAGAGCUGAUUAGAGCACUAAACAUGCUGAUUUUUACGGUGCUGAUUGAUCCAUCUCUUCAUCUGCGUAACUUUUUUCCAUAUUAGGUUGUUUUUGUCUUCCGUAAUAACUGCCAUUUUCCCAUUUUAUGCUGAUUUUAGGGUUUAUAAAUUUUGCAUAAAGAUUAACAGCAAGAUAAGAUGACCAGCAGCAUCUCCUAUGAUAGUCAAUUUUGCAAUUAAUUUUAUCUGUUUAGAAUGUUUUUGAUCAAAUGGCUGGUCAUUGUCCAGUGUUACUAGAUACUUAUGGCAACUUGAAACCCAGUGGUUGUGUGUUCCUAAGUGGAAUAGAUUAAACUCAGUUUGGGCACCUCACUGGUGUGUUGACUUAAGGCUGAUUUUAUACGUCUGUGUGGAAUCUCUAGUGUCGGUUCAGUGUAGGUAUGGUGUAGCUGUGUACCGUACGCCGUAGUCUGUGCUCUGUCUAAAUUAGGCUUUAGAAGUUACUGUUACAUUUGUAGUAUUUUCACCUGUCUGCCCUGGUGACUAAAGAAAGAUGAAGCUGCUGGAAUUUUCCACGAUAUGGGCACAUUUUGCCUUGAGGUUAUAGAAUGCGCUGUGCCCCACCUUCCUGCUCUCCCCCGCACUGGAUAAGCAGCUGUGGGGAGGUUUGCACCCCCCCGUUUUGAUUGUCCUCUGUUAUUAAGCUUACCCGUGAGUUUCCGCCUGCAGGAUUCCGAUCCCCUCUGCCUCGGUGUACCUACCAGCCACAGGGAACAGCAGUGCUGUACAGCUCUAUCUCCUAGUACAGUAGUAUCUUCCAUGUUUAGAUUGCAGAAGAAUGACUUGUAAUGAGGAUCCUUAAAUCCCUAAAGUGUAAAGGUUUUUUUUUAUUUUAUCUGGAGCAUAUUUAACAUGUUUAAUCAUCGUCUCUUGUGUUAAACUAUAAAUGUAAUUACCUUGGAGAAAACCUUUUAUCUGAAUAAUUAAAUGGGUUCUUGUAAUAUA